AUGUAUGAUUCGACCCGCUUUGACUGGACUUUGGCCUAUGUGAUCGUGCUGGCGGUAGCUACGGCUACGACGGGAGCGACUUUAUUGCUCGCAUUCAAACACAUAAAGGUGGGUAGUUCAGCUGUGCAGUACAUCACGCACUCGGUGUGUCGUCUGUACUUCAUCUAUUCACUCAUGCGGUUGCUACUCUACAUCGGUGUACUAACCGAAUUCGAUGAUCUGCACCUUACGGUGGAUGAAGUGACCGAUGGAGAACUUUUGCGUACUCGUGCAGUCUAUUCGUCUGAUAAAGACUUUAAAUUGCUUGUUGUGACCGUCACAUUAAUUGGAGACUGUGCAUUACUGUGUACGACUUUUUUUAUCACAGUUCUCGCUUAUGAAAUCAAGCGCCUUAUAAUCAAGUCGAUGGAUCGUGGACUAAAGCGUGAGCGCACAAUGAUUCAUCGAUACUGUUUGUGUGCAUACAUUGGUGUGGCGGUGUUUGCUGUUUUUAUGGCUAUCUCAGUCUUUCUGCCGCCCAAUGUUUCGAAGACGCUACAAAAUGUUGCCUUUUUCUUUCAACUCACGUGUGUAUGGGUCUCUGUUCUUUAUCCGGCGUAUGCUACGAUUUGGAUCUCCUGUCAAAAGCGUGCUCGAAGUGCUGUGGACACAGGGUUACUGGUGCUCCACCAGCGUAUAAAAACUUUUGUUAUCGUAAACUGUGUGCUAGUAUUCCCGUGUUGUGUGGUCGAAGGUGUGGCUCACUUUUAUGAUGAUGUUAACAUGAUUUGGCUUGGUUUGGCUGAAAUGCUCUAUUACAUAUCAGGGGCUGGCACCGCCUUCGCUAUCGGCAUGAGCACGACGUGCUGCUAUCGCACUCUGCGUCCUCUUAUGCCAAACUCGGUGUACGAGCAGAUUCUGGAAAAAGGGUACUUUAUUGAUGAGUUGAGUUUGAACAAAAUAGAUGUCAUUGUGGAAGCUCCUGCUCAACGACCGAUUUUCGUGGUUACUGAUAUUGAAGGAUCUAGUCAACUGUGGUCUGGUAAUCCACAGGCAAUGGCAGAGGCGCAAUCAAUUCACGACGACUUGCUACGCCUACAAUUGCCUCGUUUUCGAGGAUACGAAAUUGCAACCGCGGGAGAUUCCUUUCAGCUUGCGUUCCAUUGUGUUCGAGAUGCUCUUGGGUGGUGUGUGAGUGUGCAAGAAAAAUUACUUAAGGCAUCGUGGCCGACAGCCUUACUCAAGUACGAGAAUGCAGUGCGAGUAUACGAUGUAUGGACACGAAUGUUAUUUAGCGGACUUCGUGUUCGCAUGGCUGUUCACAAUGGCGACGAGCGGUUGGUGUGCUCGAGACACCCGACAACAGGCAGAAUGACGUAUCUAGGGCUUAGUGAGAUGAUGGCACGUGAGAUGAGCGAGAUGGGGCAAGGCGGACAAAUCGUUAUGAGCGAUUCGGCUCGUACUAUCUACAUGAAUGAAUUGCUUGAAACAGCGUCAAGUUCGACGAGUGAUGGAACAUUUGAGGAAAAGUUCAAGAUACAGCCAUUUCCAAUCAAAUUCGAGUACUACCCCGCCCACGUUAUGCGGCGUCGAGAUAGCGACGUGCUAUCGCUUGUGCGUCCACCACGCUCCGCGCGCUUGAGCUACAGCUACAGUCAGUGUAGUAGUCGAAGUCGCAGCAAUAGCAUCGAUAGCGAUAUGCAAUGGUCGGAGCGAGCCUCGAGCAUUGCCCCCAGCGAAGUGGAUGGUUCUGAAGUUUUGGAUGUGGACGAUUUACAUUUGCUACAGCAACAGACGUCGACUGACGGACAGGAAUCUGUGCGCGUUACAGUACGAUUUCGCCCUCUACUCCCAAAAGAGAAGACCGAUCGAUCUGCAUGGACUGUGCACACAGAGACAGCAACUGUCGAGGUAGCUCCAAUCUUGGGACAGAAUGCUCGACAUCGGGGCGUGUAUACAUUUGACGAGGUGUAUGACGGCCAACACUCAACUCGAACAAUAUAUGAUGGACUGGCAAGCUCAAUCGCCCGGUCGGCGUUGGAUGGCAUUCACGGGUCGAUUUUUGCGUACGGACAAACGAGUAGCGGCAAGACCCAUACGAUGCAAGGCUCACGAUUUAGAAGCAGAAAAAUGACGCUGACGGAUGAAAAAGGGGCAGAUACCGAGCGAAGGAAGCAAGUAGAAGAUAGCGAUGGGCUCAUCCAGCUUGCUGUUAAGGAUUUGUUUGAUGAAAUGGCGAGACGAUCGGAUGUCGAGUAUCUUGUGAGAACAUCGUACUUAGAAGUGUAUAACGAAACAGUUAAGGACUUGCUUUCAAGCGGUGGAGAUACGAUCAAUAGGCGAAGAACCUCGACUGUACAUGUUCGUGAACAUCCGGUAACGGGUGUAUUCACCGACAAUUCGGAACGUGUGGUCACGGAUGCAUGUGGCGUCAUACAGGCACUACGUGAUGGCGAAAAGCAGCGUGCAGUGGGGAUUACGCGCAUGAAUGAGCGCAGUAGUCGAUCUCACACUAUAUUUCGACUUGUUAUUGAAUCAAAGACACGUAUUGAGUCUUCCACGCCAACUGAAGAUGAUGCAGACGUGGAGCGGGUGCGUGUGGGAUGUCUUAAUUUUGUCGACCUGGCCGGAUCAGAAAGCGCUCGUGCUGUGAGUUCGGGAGGCAAGCGAUUAACCGCAGAGAGUGCGAACAUAAACAAAAGUCUAUUGGCUCUUAGCAGAGUUGUUGUGGCCCUUGGCAAUAGUAAAUCAAAUCAACAGGACCACAUAAACUUUCGUGACAGCAAACUUACACGUAUUUUACAGCCAUCGCUGUGUGGAGCUGCGCGCGUGCUCUUUGUCUGCUGUGCAUCGCCUGCACCAGCUUACAUUGAGGACACUCGCAGCACACUUAAGUUUGCCAGCCGUGCAAAACGGAUUAAGGUGAAUGCAGUAGUGAAUGAAGUUCUAGACCAACGCUCGCGUGCAUUGAUGCAGCUUGCUCGUGAGAAUCAGUUACUACGCCAACGAUUAGAAGCUCUGGCAUCUGCAAGUCGUGAUGAAAUGGACGCAAUGGAAGAGCAUGCAGCGCGACUGCGUAUGCGUGUGAUUUCGCUAGAGGCUGCUGCAGCUGCCCCCAGAUGGACAUCAUUCGCAGUGAAAACUCCAGUUUUUGAUGAUUUACCGAAGGAUCGAGAAGACAGCCAGCCUGAACUGACCGGACUAGAAGAAGUAAACUCGCUGAUGGACUUAAAUGACCAAGUGUUAGAGAUCGACCCUGUUGACGAAGAGGAUACAGACGUAGAUAGUCAAGGCGACUCAUCAAGGGAUUCCUCACUCAUGGUAGCAGAUGUGUUAUGCCCAACGUGUGUAAUGCGUGAUGACGCGUUAGAGUUGGCAAAGGUCCGUGGGUUGGAGGCUUCAGUUCGCAUUGAGCAGCUUGAGGAACAAGUUGCUCAGCUUCUGCGGAAGUAUGAACAAAAGCUUGGCGAUUCUGACGAUAUUGAAGUCGAAGACUUAUCGAUGGGCGUGAAGAUACAGUGUCAGUGUGUUUUGGACGUGGAGGACGAUGGAAUAGAUGAAACUAAGGCGCUUUCGGGUGAGAAUAAUGAUACCAGCAGUAUUCCUCACACCAACAGCUUCAGCUUGACAACUACUGGUCUUUUGUCGGUAGUGGUCGAUACUUUAAAAAAGCGCAGUUUUACUGAGGUGCUGGCUGCGUUUGUGUUUAUGGGGUUUAUAUUUGCCAGUGUGGCUUGGAAUAUUGCGACAGCUACGCAGUGA